CCGCCCUGGCAUGGGCGCCGCGGGCCUGUUCUGGGUUUUCUGGGCUGUUGUCGCGCCAGGCGUCCUCGUGACACAGUGAUGUUUAAACAUAAGCCUGGCCUUACCAUGGGAAGCAGCAGUGUAGUACGGUGCCAACCAAACAGCAAAUGGAAACUUCCACUGCCAAAGUGCUUCAGGGGGAUUUCUUGUGGCCCUCCUCCUCCCAUCCAAUAUGGGUUGCAUAGUCACCACUCUGGACCCGUACCUGUGGGUACUCUCAUAAGGUACAGUUGUAAGAGUGGUUUCCGCCUCAUCGGAGAAAAAAAUAUUUUUUGUAUAAGUAAAGACCAAGUGAAAGCAAUCUGGGACAAAGCUGCUCCCGUAUGUGAAUUCCACAAUAAAAACUCUUUUUGCUCUCGGCCCAGCAUACCAGGGGGGUAUAUAAGUAAAGAAUCUAGACCACUAUACAGACAUGGUGAUUCCGUGACAUUCUCCUGUAAAACCAACUUCACCAUGAAAGGAAACAAAACUGUUUGGUGCCAGCAAAAUGCAAAAUGGGGGCCGACACCACUACCCACCUGUGAGAGUGAUUUUCCCCUGGAGUGUUCGCCACUUCCCAUGAUCCCCAACGGAUAUCACACGGGGGAGAAUGUGGGCUCCAUCGCCCCAGGAUUGUCUGUGAGGUACAGCUGUGAACCCGGUUACUUGCUUCUUGGAGAAAAGAUCCUUCACUGUUUGUCUUCGGGAGCCUGGAGUGCUAUCGCUCCCACAUGUGAAGAGGCACAGUGCAAACCUCCAGGACGGUUGCUCAAUGGGCAGAUAAAGAUGCCUUCAAGUCUUCGGGUCGGCGUCACUGUGACCGUUUCCUGCAACGAAGGGUAUCGAUUACAAGGCCAAGCUACUAGUCGGUGUGUAAUUGCUGGAGAACAAGCUGUUUGGACCAAAAUGCCCGAAUGUAAAGAAAUUUUUUGCCCACCGCCUCCUCCUGUUGUCAAUGGGAGACAUACAGGCAGCUCUUCAGGGAAUGUUCCGUAUGGAGGAACGGUCACUUACACCUGCGACCCGGACCUGGACCCGGAGGAAGGAGUAAAGUUCAUCCUUAUCGGCGAGAGCAUUAUCCGGUGUACAACUGAUAGUCAGAGGACUGGGACCUGGAGUGGCCCUGCCCCACGCUGUGAACUUUCUACUCCUGCGGUUCAUUGCGCACAGCCCCAGAUCCUAAGGGGCAAGGUGUUAACUGCGCAGAAAGACCAAUACACUUAUAACGACACCGUGGCAUUUGCUUGCCUGCCCGGCUUCACCCUGAAGGGCAGCGAGCAAAUCCGAUGUAACGCCCAAGGCAUGUGGGAGCCGUCGGCACCGGUCUGCGAAAAGGAAUGCCAGGCCCCUCCUGAAAUCCUCAAUGGGCGAAAGGAAGAUAGACACAUGGUCCAUUUUGACCCCGGAACAUCCAUAAAAUAUAGUUGUGACAUUGGCUAUGUGCUGGUGGGAGAAGAAUCCAUACACUGCACCCCUGAUGGAGUGUGGACACCCACUGCCCCCAGAUGCAAAGAGGCAGAAUGUAAACCUGCAGGAAAGAAGCUCUUUACAAAACCCCAGAAUCAAUUUGUUAGACCACAUGUUAACCCUUUUUGCAAAGAAGGGUACCGGUUAGGCGGAAGUGUUUAUGAGCUGUGUGAAGACAGAAUUCCUUGGUAUAUGGAGAUUCGUGUUUGCAAUGAAAUCACCUGCCCACCACCCCCUGUUAUCCCCAAUGGGACACACACAGGGAGCUCCUCAGAAGAUGUUUCAUAUGGAACCACGGUCACUUACACAUGUCACCCGGGGCCAGAGAGAGGAGUGCAGUUCGACCUCACUGGAGACAGCACCAUCCGUUGUAUCAGCGAUGAUCAGAAAAGAGGCAUCUGGAGCGGUCCCGCACCCACCUGUAAACUCUCUCUCCCUACUGCCCUGUGCUUACUUGCCCCCAUUGCAAAUGGAUACAAGAUAUCUGGCAAGGAAGCCCCGUAUUCCUACAACGACAGUGUGACAUUCACGUGUCGCGAUGGAUUUACUUUGAAGGGCAGUAGUCAGAUUCGUUGCAAAGCCGAUAACACCUGGGAUCCUGAAAUACCAGUUUGUGAAAAAGACUGCCAGCCACCUUCUGGGAUACUCCACGGUCAGCAUACAGGUGGAAAUACGGUCCUCUUUGUCUCUGGGAUGACUGUAGACUACACUUGUGACCCUGGCUACUUGCUUGUGGGAAACAAAUCCAUUCGCUGUAUGCCUUCGGGACGUUGGAGUCCUUCUGCCCCACGGUGUGAAGAAGCAUGUCAGCCUAUGAGAGAGGAUCUUCGGGAAAUUCCAGCUGAUUCACAUGUGGAGACAGUUAAUACAUCCUGUCCAAAUGGGUACCAGUUGACUGGACAUGCUUAUCAGAAGUGUCAAGAUGAUAGGAAGGGGGUUUGGUUCCAAAAAUUUUCACUUUGUAAAGUUAUUCGCUGUCCACCUCCACCCCUGAUUGGCAAUGGGAGGCACUCAGGCAUGAUGGCAAGACACUUUCUAUAUGGAAAUGAAGUCUCUUAUGAAUGUGACCAAGGGUUCUAUCUUCUGGGAGAGAAGUAUUUGCAGUGCAGAAAUGAUUCUCAAGGACGUGGAUCUUGGAGUGGCCCUCCCCCUCAGUGCUUAGAAUCUCCCGCUGUCACUCGUUGCCCUAACCCGGAAGUCAGACACGGAUACAUGCUCAAUGAAACUCACUCUUCAUAUUCCCACAAUGACAUAGUAUAUGUUGCCUGCAAUCCUGGCUUCAUCAUGAAUGGCAGUCACUUGAUUAAGUGUCAUUCGGAUAAUACCUGGGUGCCGGGUGUACCAACUUGCAUCAGAAUGGCUUUCUUAGGGUGUCAGCCUCCGUCCAAGAUCCUCAGCGGGAAUCAUACUGGUGGCAGCAUAGCUCGGUUUUUCCCUGGGAUGUCGAUCUUGUACAGCUGUGACCAAGGCUAUCUGCUGGUGGGAGAGGCACUCCUUGUUUGCACAUAUGAAGGAACCUGGAGCCAGCCUGCCCCUUAUUGUAAAGAGGUAAACUGUAGCUCUCCAGCAAAUAUGAACGGAAUCCAGAAGGGGCUGGAGCCUAGGAAAAUGUAUCAGUAUGGAGCUAUCGUAACUCUGGAGUGUGAAGACGGGUACACCCUAGACGGCAGUCCUCAGAGCCAGUGCCAAGCGGACCGCCAGUGGGACCCUCCCCUGGCUGUUUGCAAAUCCGGUCACAUUUUUCUGGCAUUUAAUACUCAUUAUUUUUUCUUUCUAGCUAUUUCUGCAUUUGCAUUACUUUUUCUCUGCUUGAUUGCUGUCACAAUACACACAAUAAUAAAGCACAGAGGACGCAAUUAUUAUACAAACAAACGCCCUCAAGAAGAAGCUGCCCAUGUAGAAACACGAGAAUUAUAUUCUAUUGAUCCAUACAACCCAGCAAGCUAAUCAGAGGACAAACUGGUCAUGUUUUCUGAAGAGGGAUCUUUUAAAAGAACAAUAUCCUUGAUGCUUUAUUGCUUAUAACAAUUAUAAUUGGUAUAUGUAGAGGAUGUUAACAUUCUUAUCUAAACUUGGAGUUGCAUCACUGCUAUUCAUGCUGCCUCCUAAACAGAAAUGAUCGAUUUCACUGUGCCUCGUUGCUUGAAAUCCAGCUAAACAUUGACUGGAAAGAAACCACUUUCUUACCAGCAAGCCUCUUGUGUGGCCUCAAGAUCAAUGGAACGAUUUCAUAAGCUAUCACUUCCUAUGUGCACUUAUUGUCAAGAAGAACGUCUCUAUGGUAAAGAUGGAAGCCCAGUUUCACUGCUAUGUGUUUGUUAAUGACUUUCUGAAGCCUCACUUGUGAUAUGCCUGAAGCCAGCUAUGGCCAUAAACAAUUACAUGGCUCUAAAAGUGUUGCCUUUUUAAGGAAGGCACUAAAAAGAGCUGUCUCCUACUAGAUCCAUCUUCUUUUUGUGAACAGCAUACUCAGUGUUACCAUAUGCUUUGGGUUACAGUGUGGUUUUAAUUAUGUAAACAAAAUAUAAGCACUUUCCAUGAUUCUGAGGAGUAUUCCUUUUUAUUUGGAUGUCUGUUUUUAUUUUAAUAGUAGCUUGCUUCUUUGAUAUCAGUAAACAUUUCACUCUCAUCCCCACUUGUUUUGAGAUUUUUGCACAAUGCUAUGAUAAUUUGCCUUUCCAUAAUCACUUAGUGAUUCCGAUUUGCACAAGUUUUUUGAAAUAAUGGGAGUCAAGUUCUAAUUCCAAAGAUUUGGUGUACACUUCAAGUUUUGGAUAUUUCCUCAGCAGUUUUGUUAUAAGCUCUGGUUGCUUAUAACAUGUCAUUUAAUAACGUGUACAUUAUCCAUUCAA